GGGAGGAGCAAGGGAAGAGCAUCUGAGGACUUCCAGACCUGCUGUCCUGACCUGAAUGACCCCAGCUUUUCGGUACGGAACAGGUCUGGAAAGCACCAGAGAGGGAGAAGUGGACGGAGGGAAGAGACUGAGAGAGAGGAAUGGACUCGAGCCGCCGCCCGAGGCGGGCACUGAGGCGGCGGAGACGUGCGUGACGCGGAGCUGUGAGGAGCGAGACGCGGAGGGUCCCUCUGCCCAGAUGAGCAUCAGAAUGAUGAAGUCAGCUGUUAUCGCUCAGGAAACGGGCCCGUCUUCAGGGGUGACUCCUGAACCCCACUCACCCUCCAGACUGGGGAUCAAAACCACCUUAUCCCAAGGACUCACACCUUCUUCCCCCCAAGAACCUGCACCACCAUCCACACUCUCCUCGACCAAAGGGCCCAAACCCUUCUCCAUGCCACCAUCCCCUCCUGGUCCUAAACCCUACUCCGUACCACCUUCCCCACAAGGUCCCAAACCCUAUUCCCCAACGCCUCCCCCACCAGCCCCUAAACCCUCCUCCACGUCACCCUCAAUUCCCUUCUUCCUUAAAGGCCGCAAGCCCCCCUCCCUCUCAGACACUACUCCUCCCUCUCCCCAAGAUCUCAUGUCUUCCUCUUCUCCAGGCCCCUUGGCAGCCCCCGCACUCCCCCUCACCCCAGGCCCUGCCUCUUGCUCCACCCCUGACUCCACUACCCCUAACCCUGACUCCUCCACAACCCCUGACCCGACCUCCUCCAUUACCCCUGACUCCGCAUCCUCCGCUACCCAAGGCCCAGCCUCUUCCUCCGCACCAAGCCCCGUCUCUCCCCCCACGCCAAGCUCCAUAACAUCUCCUUCCCCAGGCUCUGUCUCCAAUUCCAUCUCCAGCCCAGGCCCUGCCUCCUCCCCUAGCCCUGGCCCCUUUUCCCCACCCACUUCACCUUUCGGCCUCAUGCGCUCCCCAAACCCGGGAAUCAGUGUCCUGGAGAAGCUUAUCAAAACCUGCCCUGUUUGGUUGCAGCUGGGUAUGGGACCGGAGCGAGCCAAUUCAACUCUGCAGAGAGAGACACCCGGGAUCUUCCUGGUGAGGAAGAACCCCAUACUGAAGAAGAUGGUCCUGUCAGUUCGGCUCCCUGACCAGGAGGGGGCACCACAAGUACAAGAUCUGCUCAUCAAGGAGGAGAAGUCAUUGAUCUAUCUUGAGGGCUCAGUAUUGGUCUUUGACGACAUCUUCAAGCUCAUCGCCUUCUACUGCGUCAGCCGAGACAUUCUGCCGUUCACCCUGAGGUUACCGCAGGUGAUCGUCCAAGCAACGAAGUAUGAGGACAUGGAGAUGAUCUCAAACCUGGGCUCCGAUUUCUGGGGCUCCUCCUUGAACCGGUGCUCAGACGAGGGGAGGGGCUGCACAAAGAGAGCCGACCAGAGCCACGCCCAAAACCACACCAACUCGUGCGAGAUCGAGCUCUCCAUGGGGAAUGACAGGCUCUGGUACGUCAACCCCAUCUUCAUCGAGGAGUACUGCAAUAGCCAGCCGCAGGCCACUCCCAUGGUCAGGAGCCAGAGCCUGACCACGCCUGGCCAGGCCCAGCCCCGGUACAAGAGGCCGCCUCCCCUCCCCCCACGGCCCCACCCCUCCGAGGAGCUGGCAAUGGCAGCCAAGCAACCAAAAGACAAAGCAGACGGGCCCCCUCUUCCCUUAGCUCCUGUGUGUGCCCCCAGCCCCCCGACCCUGACAAGCACAGGGAAGGUGAAACAGGAAGUAAAUGGCAACAGCGGUAAACAGUCCCCCCAAGCUCAGCAGGACAGCUCAGAUAUAGCUUGUCCAUCUGCACAGUUACCGAAGGGCAGCUCUGAAAGUACAGGUCCAGCUGCGCAGUUACCGAAGAGUGGCUCUGACAGAUCAGGUCCACCUGUGCAAUCACUGAAGACCAGUUCUGACAAAUCAGGUCCACCUGUGCAGUCACUGAAGACCGGUUCUGACAAAUCAGGUCCAGCCGUGCAGUCAGCGAAGAACAGUUCAGGCAGAUCGGGUCCACCUGCUCAGUCACCGAAAAGCAGCCCUGAGAGAUCAGGUUCGGCUGUGCAGUCGGGGCCGCAGUCCCUCCCGCAGAGACGCGUCCCGCCCGUGCCCCCCCGCCGCAGGCCCUCUGAGAAGCAGCCGGAGGAGGCGGCCCCCGAGGAAGAGUGCGACGCUGCAUCGAAAGAGGACGGGAAGCAGGACACGGUGGCCGUCGCCACGCUGAUCUGCAUCGACGACCCGUCUACAGCCGAGGCGCCCCCUGCUGGAGAACAAGGUGCACCACAGGAGGUGAGCGCUCCUCCUGAGACGGCUAUGAGCGAAGUCAACAUGGACACCCCCGUGAAUGCCUCCUCAGUGAAAAAACCCCGCCCAGUCCCUCCUCCCCGGAAGAAAAGGCCGUCUCAGAUCAUACCCUCGCUGCUGUCUGAGGACACGGGCAUCCCUGAAGAGGACGCCGAGAGUGCCCCGUCUGAGUGCGCCCCUCAGCCCUCCGGCACCCCGACGCCACUUCGGCGCUCCGUCCCGGUGGUGGACCUGAGGGGCACGGACGUUUCCCUCUACGCCCCCGAGGGCCGGGCGCCGCCCCUUGACCACGACUCCUACUCCACCAGCAGCACGGAGGAGGAGACCGACGCACCGGGCGGCGCCGCGGCGACCGUGAAGCGGAGCCCCGCCGGCGUCCUGGACAAGGCCAAGCCGCGCCUCUCCAUCGCCAGCCUCUCCAGCGUCUUCACCAGCUUCAUGAGUGUAGACAACAAGCUGAAGAAGCGGCUGGUGGAGCUCGGCCGCGACCGCGAGUCCUACUUCGGCAACCUGGUGCGGGACUACCGCGCCUUCACCCUUGAGACCAUGCAGAAGCACACCUCCAGCACCGAGAUGCUGCAGGAGAUCCGGCUCAUGAUGACCCAGCUGAAGAACUACCUGAUCCAGAGCGCCGAGCUGCAGGUGCUGCUGGAGCCUGCUGUUUACCCUGAGGAAAAGCUCGAGGCGAUCAUUGAGUCAGCGCUGGUGAAGUGCGUCCUGAAGCCGCUGCGCGAGGCCGUGUACUCCGGCCUGCGGGACAUCCACACCCGGGACGAGUCCGUCAGGAGGCUGGAGGAGAACCAGCAGGUGGUCCUCAGCACCACCACCACUGACCUGGGCGUGACCACCAGCGUGCCCGAGGCGCCCGUCAUGGAGAAGAUCCAGCUCAAGCUGAGCGCCCUGCACAAGGAGUACUCGCCCGAAAAAAAGAUCGCCCUGCUACUCAAGACCUGCAAGAUCAUCUACGAGUCCAUGUCCGUGGGCUGCCCAGGGAAGGCCCAUGGUGUGGAUGACUUCCUGCCAGUGCUGAUGUAUGUUGUGGCACGCUGCAACAUGGUGGCUCUGCUGCUGGAUGUGGAGUACAUGAUGGAGCUCAUGGAUCCAGCCCUGCAGCUGGGAGAAGGCUCCUACUACCUGACAACCACGUACGGAGCGCUGGAGCACAUCAAGAACUACGACAAGCCUGAGGUGACCCGCCAGCUCAGCCUGGAGAUCCAGGACUCCAUCAACCGCUGGGAGAGGCGACGCACCCUCAUCAAAGCACGAGCAUCCCGUUCCAGUGUGCAGGACUUCAUCAACGUGUCCUUCCUGGAGGCGGGCUCCAACACAAAGACCCUGGGUGCCCGCCCCAACACCACUACCCAGGACCUGUGCGUGCAAUGCGCGGAGAAGUUUGAGGUUCUGGAGCCGGAGUCCUACAGGCUGUGCGUGCUGGUGGACGGAGAGUACCGCCUGUUGGCGCCAACCGAGCUGCCCCUGUCCGUCAAGUCCAGCCUGCACCACAGCGAACCCCGCAAGAAUUACUACUUCGUCUAUCGUCCGGGGAGCUGGACAAAGGAGGCCACUCCUCAACAGCCCCCCGCCCCAGUGGACAGCCUGAUAUGAAGGACGAAGUCAAGCUGACACAGGCUCACAUCUGAUGCUACAAAGACAAAAUGACAAAUUCUUAGAAACUGGUUUAACUCUGGUUUCACCUCCAAGGACUGGAGAGGAAAACAUACCCUCUGGUGCUUUUCUAAACGCUUCUGCCAGACACACGCGGGGCUGCCGGGAAACGGGGCUCGCCUGCCGAGUUGCGUGAGGCCUCGCACCGCGUGUCAGGCGAAGAAGUCCGUGCUCUCAGUAGCAUCCCUGCUAAUGAGAUUCCCUCUCGACUCUGGUGUUUGUGCUAACAGGCUCCUCUCUCCACCGCAAUUGUCUCCGCUAAUGAGAUUCCCUCUCAACUGCGAUCGUUUACGCUAACAAGCCUCACCCUCAGCUGUGAUCGCACAUAAAUAACCCUUGCCCUGCUCUGCUUUCUCUCCGGCGGGCUGUCACCGUGAGCCGACUCCGAGCUCUCAGGAGUCUCCAUGAUGGUCUCCUUCCACACAUGGACCUUUUCAGCAAGAUACACUUUCUGGCACUUAUUUCCCCCAAGCGUCCUGUACUCGGCAUUUAGAAUUCACACCACACUGUUUGUUUUGUACCUUUGCAAAGUUUAUAAUAAUGUUUUGAUUGUAAUUGCAUGGCAACUGGUUCCUCGUUUUUAUUAUAAUUUGAAGACGCAUUAAGGCUCUGAUAUGUUUUUGCAAUUGCAUCGUUGAGGUUACGCAACUCAGUAGCCUUAUACUGCAGUCUAAGAUAUGACAAAGAGCUCUGUCAUGUAGGUCUGGGAUAAUCAUCCACUCGCAUGACCUAUUAGCUUAAUUAGGUAAUCAAGGCUUUGGCCCAGUGAGAACCAUACAGGAUAGUCAGGGGCAGAUUUUUGCAUUCAUUCUUUGAAGGGGCAUUCUUUAGGGUUGAAAAAACAUAACUAAUUAUCUGGCCCUUACCUUUAAAACAGUCAGUAUGCCUCUUUGUGUUUUGGGUUGCUCCAGUAAUUCAGAAGCAUCGCACCUCCUCUGAGGAUCUCUGGGGGCCGACUGGAGUCUGUCUGAAAUGCAGAGCUGUUGCUUCCUCUGACCAAGAAUGGAAAGGGAUUGUUGGGGCUGCGGUCCCUGCCUGGCUCUGUGGAGAUAUCGAUCUCUCAAUUGCCACGUGUACUGUUUGCCCUUGAGGAUAUUCUCUUUUGAUACUGAGUGGAUGCUGGGUGGUUUGGGAUAAUUGCAGUCAAUUCCAGACGUGAAAGAACCUAACUAUUUUAAAGCUUUAGAGGAACAAGUAAUUUCUUCCACACUCCUUCAAAUAAACUGUUUCUUUGUUGCUGAUCUUGGUGUUCAGAAAAAAAAAUAUAUAUAUUUCUCAUUUUUAUACCAUGAUUAAACUC